GUAUGUAUGAUGGACAGGAGCAUACUCCCAAACUUCUACCCUGCUCACAUACUGUCUGUAUAGAGUGUCUCACAAGGAUUGUUGCAACCUUUGCUCGUGAUUCUCAGUUCCGGUGUCCAAUAUGCAGGGAGCUCAUCACUAUACCUCGUGGAGGGGUUCAGGCUCUCCCCCCAUCCUUCCUAGUAAAUCAGCUGCUAGAUCUAAUGGCUAGCCAGAGGAGGGAAGUUGUUCCUAAAUGUUCUAUACAUGCAAACCAGGAGCUCCUGUUUUGUGAGACCUGUGACUCAGUGUUCUGUACUACAUGUACAGGAGGGGGGCACAAGCCAGGGGGUGCAGGGAGCACUGCCCCCUCCACUGCAGAUCAUACUGUAAUCCCCUUUUCUAUUGCAAUCAAGAGAAUGUCUGAGAUAUUGAUCUAUAAAGCAAAUGAAUGCACAGCUAAGUUGAAUUCUGCAAAUGAUGCUGUAACUGCCGAGAUUCAUAGGUUGGAUCAUAAUGCAGACGAAUCAUUCAACAUCGUUAACCAGCUCUUCGAGGAGGCAUCUGCCGCAGUAGAUCGGCGGAGGGAGCAGGUUCUGGCGGAGGUAAAACGGCGGAAGGAUGAGAAGAAGAAGGUUCUAGAAGAACAGCUCAAGAUUAUACAGACAGAGAAAUCACAAGUUGAUAAAGAUGUUCAGGCUAUGAAGCACCAAGUAGAGGUACGGAAUAUUACGAAGAAAAUCAGCCAGCUUAACACUAAACUUGAUACUGUAAACCAACUAGCAGAACCUAGAGAGAACUCCUAUAUAGAGUUUCAGAGGUCAGAUCUACACUUCCAGGAGGUCGUUCAGAGGAUGUUGGCAGACGUUGGACAAAUCAAGACGUCAAAGACAUUCCCAAGUCUGUGCCGGGUAACAAUGGAGACUUCCAUUUCUAAUCUAGAGUCGACUGCGAAGCUUCAAACUAUCGACUAUCAUGGCAAAAUACAGGUAAAACACUCUAAUCUAGAGUCGACUGCGAAGCUUCAAACUAUCGACUAUCAUGGCAAAAUACAGGAGUUUGGUGGAGAUCCUGUAUCAGCUGAGGUGGUGAACGACAAGGGAGACAAGAUCAGCACCAAGCUGGUGGACAAGGGAGAUGGAACCUACGAGAUCAAGUUUACUCCCAACUGCGAGGGAACCUUCUGUCUCAAGGUGAAAAUAUUUGACCGACCGGUCAAGGAUUGUCCACUCUUCUUCGACGUGACCGAGCACAACUCUCCGGUCCUUAGUUUUGGGUCCAAGGGUUUAAAGGAGAAGGGGUUCGUCCAGCCAUGUUCUCUAGUUCUUGACAGCAGAGACUUCUUAUAUAUAGUUGAUACUGGAAACAGUAGGAUCAAGGUUCUCUCAGCAAACCUGGAUUUCCAGGCUCAUGUGCUCAACGAGAGUUUAGAGGGACGGAGUGUAACCGGAGUUUGUCUGGGAUCAUCCGGAGACUCUCUGAUCACAGUUAACUGGAGAACUAAGACUGUGACGGAGAUUAGUAUGGAGGGGAACACUAUUGGAGCAUUCUCUCAUGACGACUUUAUUGAACCCAUUGCUGUUGCGAUUAAUGAUGAUGGAGAUGUACUCGUAGCUGACAAUGGUGUCGGAGCCGUCAUGGUUUUCGAGUCCUGCGGCAAACUAAAGAAGACCAUCGGCAAAAAGGGCGGGAAAAAGGGAGAUUUUAAGGAGAUGUCGUCUUUGUGUAUAGGUCCAGGAGGAGAAAUAAUUGUUGCAGAUACGAGGAUUAUUGUUUUCAAUGCACAGGGAGAGUUUCUCCAGGAGAUUGGAGGAGGUGGAGGAAAGGAAGGAGGACGGGGUAGAUACUCAGGGGUUGCUGUGGAUAGAGACGGAAUGAUCCUGGCUGCAAGGAUGGAGAAAACACGGAGUUAUAUCCAGGUGUUCAACCUCACCGACGGAACUCAAUACUCUAUGAUCGACAGUCACGGUUCGAAGCUGAAGAGACCCACAGGUGUCGCAGUCGGGUGCCGCGGCGACGCUCACGCAUAUGUUGUCGACAUUGGGCACGAUUGCGUUCUAAAAUAUAGAUAUAAAUAAUUAUGUUGCAUCACACUGAAACCAGGAAAACUCUCUUUCUCUCUCUCUCUCUCUACAUAUAAAUAUAUAUCUUAGUUAAAAGUUAGAAUGAAAUUAUAGAUAAAAUAUAUGACAGACGGGAGCUAGUAAAUAGUUUAGCUACGAGAUCUUUGUGGGACGUGGGUUCAGUAUUUUAUGCACACCAAAUUUAAUACGGAAGUAAGAUAAUAUGCUUCGUUUGUUGUUUACAUUUUAUCUAUAAUCAAAAAUAUAUUAAUACAGUACUUAGACGUUGUAUGAUUAAAAGUGGAACAAAACCUGUUUAUUAAAUGUCCAAGUAAAUGGCGUUUGAACCAAUUAAACAAAAUAUUAAUGCCAAAAGUUUUCUGUUUUUAUAGUUUCCCGUAUUUUUUAUUUUUAUUUUCAUAUCACAUCAUUUUCAGCAUAAUACAAAUUUUUGUGAUUAUUUUAAUUAUUAUGUACUUUUUCUUGUACUUUAAUGUAUUUAGUGUACUUCAAAGCUUUGUUGUGCAAUUAUUACAUUAUGUACUUCAUGUACUUACAGAAUUCAUUCAGUAUUUUAAUAAAUCCCGUGUCAGGGCGAAUCUUAAAAAAUGUAAAAAUAAAAUUUUGGAUUCGUUACCACCCUGUAGCCUCCAGUACUUAGAAUAUUAAAUAUUAUUCUAGUCCACACUUUUCAAAUUAUUUAAGUGAAUAUAUUUUUUAUCCAAAAGUA